GCGUUGCGAGCACGGAUGUUACGUACAACAGCUGGGAGUUCUGUCUGCGAGCUCUGCGACUGUAUCCAUCUCUUAUUCUGUGAGCGAACCUUAGAUAAACCGAAACAUUUUGAUUACGAUACGAGUAUUCUGUCAAAGGCAAAACGCUUUGUGGACCGGUUUAUUUGAUGAAGCUAACGGUUAGCUUAGAUGCUUUAUUGGUAAACUAACCACAUUUCAUUAUUUCAUGAAGAUUCAACUUUAACGUCAUUGAGAGAAGAUUUGGGUCAUUCUGUCGCGUUCACUACAGUCAGCCAACUGUCAACCGAGAACGAUGAAGAGUCUUCCGUACUUCUGUCGCGGAGAGGUCAUCCGAGGAUUUGGGAGAGGAAGCAAAGAGUUGGGCAUUCCCACAGCCAAUUUCCCAGACUCUGUGGUGGAUAAUCUUCCCGCAGAUAUAAACACAGGAAUCUAUUAUGGCUGGGCAUGUGUGGGAAAUGGGGACGUUCACAGAAUGGUUAUGAGCAUCGGUUGGAAUCCCUACUACAAAAAUACCAAAAAGUCUAUGGAGACUCAUGUGAUUCACACAUUCAAAGAGGAUUUUUAUGGGGAGAUUCUCAGUGUCGUCAUGGUGGGCUACAUACGUCCAGAGAGAACCUUCGACUCUCUUGAAGCCCUGAUCUCAGCCAUCAAUAGUGACAUUGGGGAAGCCAAAGUCAAGCUGCAGCUGCCAGAGCAUCUUAAACUAAGAGAAGACAACUUUUUCACUACCGCUCCUGCCUCAUCUGCAGACCUCAGCUCCACCACAGGAUCUACAUCACAGACUAUUUUAAACGGCCACUGAGGGCACCCUUGCUGAGACUUUGGCUGUUUCCACAUGUCCUGACACACACAUACAUGUAGAGAUACCACAAAGUAAUUUUCCUUCUUUUUUUUUACUGUUACGCACAGGUUUGUGUAUCUGAAGAUAUUAUAAUGAUUUAUAGCUCUAAAACUGUAAUCAUAAACAACCUGUGUUUUGUUAUACAUUCUGAACUUUUACAUUUUCCUGUUCCUUUUACUUUUUUAUUAGUAAUUCUCCUAUAUGAAAUAAUGUUAAUUUGUAUUUAUCUGAGCUGUAAUAGCUUGAUUAGUGAUUAGUGUUUGACCACUUCUUUACAUUUGGUAUAAACUGGUAAAAAGGUACUAAAUACCACGAGAGAAAAGAUACUGCAAAUUUGUAGAUUCUCUAGAUUAGAGAUUCUAGAUUAAAUACACACAGUAAACACAUCAUUGUGAGUGUAAUCCAGACAAAUUCACGAGAUCAUCAGUUAAGUCCUGUGUUCACAGGACUUCUCUAUCAGAUAAAUGUGUGGGCAUUAUUAUCUUUAAUAGAAACACAGUUUUAUCUCCAUAUGCAACAAGGUUACUCAAUGCAAGGCAUUUGUGUCAUGACGGGGAAACUAAUUAAUGGAAUUAGACUUACUACAUUACAUUCACUCUACUCUUCACUGCCCUAAAUAUACAAAACCAGUCUAUUAGUUUCAUACUUUGAUGAUUGAUAAUGAUACUAUAGAAUCUGAUUUCCCAAUAUAGGGAAUAAUGAACAAUGGGCAGCAAAGUUAUUUGCAGCAUGCAAGUGGUAAGAUCUGUCACUGGACCUGUUAAAAUGGUUGACAUUUCUAGCUCAAAGUCAAGGCAAGUCAAACCUCUGUGACUAAAUUGUCUUUACAUAGAAAUGUUAUCGUCUGAAUUCACUGCAGUGUGUCUCAUGACAUAAUUUUAAAUAAAUUAUGUUUUUCUUUUUUACUUUAGACAAUGAACAGCUCUUUGACGAUGUCUUGUUUGUCCUCUUGAAACGUAGACAUUCCAAGGUUUGCAAAAAACAAGCAAAGUUCAAGCAGGACAAAGUGCAGAACUCCCCAUUGCUCUGGUUAUAUAUCCAUUAAUGUGUUAAAACCCUGCAGUAAACAGGUUAAAAACGUAAUGACUUCAUUUUUACAGUUCACACCUGACUAAAGUUUAUUUGACUAUUUAACUGCCAUCUCUGAUCAUCUUACAUAAUAUAAAAUGAAAAAAAAAAGUGGCUUUGUUAUGGAUAGUAAAACGAUUUACUAUACUAUACUACUAUAGUUGAGAUAUAUUUGUGGAUCAUAUGUAAAAUGUAUGUAUGAAAUACAUUAUAAAUGUGUAAAAUAUGUAGACAUUACAGAUGAAAUCCUGUAUGAUUAAAUGAAUAGUCAUUUAACUUAUUAGUGUGUACAAAGUAUUUACUCUCCCAAGUGUGUAAAUGUUUAAUAAGACCAAUGACAAAUUCUAGAGAUGUGCUUGUAUCAUGUAAAUCUGCUUUUGGAGAGCGUAACUUCAGGAGUGUGUUUACUGACAGUACAUAUGAAAAGUCUUCAAACAAUUUGCUGCUCUCAUAAAAAUACCAAAUAUGUAACUAUAUUGCUUUAUCGGUUCCACCACUGGAUGUUAAUUUACACAGUGACCACAGUUACUGCACAGAUAAGGGCUAUUGUUGAAGGUUCUAUGUGUUUCAUUCAUGUCCAAUUAAAAAAAAGUUUAAAAAGUG